AUGGCUUCAUCUUCAACAAAGAAAGUAUUUUCAUUAUUAUCAUGUGAUUGGAUUGGUUUUGAUUUAGACCAUACACUAAUUCGUUAUCGUUUAUUUGAUCUUCAUAAAUUAAUUUAUGAAUCAAUGCGUGAAUAUCUUAUUGAUACAUAUGAAUAUAAUUGUGAUUUCCUUCCAAUUUCAUACAAUGAUCAUUUUAGUGUUAAAGGAUUAAUUUAUGAUAGUUUUAAUGGAAAUUUAAUUCAAUUAAAUUCAAAUGGAUUAGUUAAUAUUUCAUUACAUGGUGUUAAUAGACAUUUAACAAGUGAACAAAUCAAAGAAAUUUAUCCAAAUGCAUUAAAAGAUAUUGAAGAAGAUACUAGCAAACGUUUUUGUGAAACACGACCUGAAAGGAGAUCCGAAUAUUUAUUUUAUGAUUUUAAUCGAGGCAAUUAUUUUUCAUCAUUACGUUUAAAUCCAGAUAAAUAUAUUUAUAAACGUUUAGAUGUUCCACAAUGGUUAGAAAAAUUAAAAAAAUUAAAUAAAAAAUUAUUUUUAGCAACCAAUUCAAGUUUCAAUAAUACAGAUUUAUUAACAAGAUAUGCAUUUGGUGAUGAUUGGAAAGAUUUAUUUGAUUUAAUUAUUGUUGUGUGUAAAAAACCUUCAUUUUUUUCCAAUUCAAAAAAACGAUCAUUUCAUCGUUUUAUUGAUGAAAAUACCACAAUACCAGUUAAUAAUGAAGAUAUAAUUAAAGAUUUUAAUAAAAAUUAUAUUUAUUCAUUUGGUAGUAGUGAAGAUUUACAUUUCAUUAUGAGUCAAAUAAGUAAAAAAGAUCCAUUAGUAAUAUAUUUUGGUGAUCAUAUUAAAUCAGAUAUAAAUGCAUUAAAAUGUUAUACUAAUUGGUUAGCAGGAGUUGUUAUUGAAGAACUUGAAUUUGAUUCUCCUCCAAUAAUUAUUCAUAGAACUAGUCAUCAUUUAUCAAAUCGAUUAUCAAUAAAUGAUCAAUCUUAUAACAAAGGAAAUCGAUCAAAAUAUUUUUCUAGUUUUUUUACUUCUCCAACUGAUUCGUUUAUCUUCGAUGAUGAUAAUACAAAUCGAACAAAAUCUGAACAAACAGAACCUGAUGCUGUAUUACCUUCUUUAACAUCUUAUUGGUACGCUUAUAUAACAAAACAUGCCCAUUUAAGUUUAAGUUGUUUAAGUGUAUUAGCAAAUCAUUUUGAUUUAGAUCAUCAGUUUGAACAUGAUCAACAAACUCAACAUUUUGUUAUAAUGCAUCAAAAUAAUAAAUAA